GUAUAGAUGUUUUUUGUUUGUUUACACUUUCUGAUUGACGUGAUUGACGUUUGAUCAAUCUGAUGUCAAUUGCUGUAUAUGGGGUGGAAGUACUUCAGCUCAUCUGGUUUUCGCAAUGGAGAUCAUUGCAGGGAUUUGUUUGGCUUGCAAAGUCAAGCCCCUGUCCACUCGCAGAUUCGAUGCAUGAGCCAACGUGCACAGAUGCAGGUGCAGCUACUUUCCCAGAUGCACAUUCCAUUGGAGGAACCUGAAGGAGAUCCUAGUGGCGAGCCGCCAGAUGAGGGCCCCAACUCCCCCGAUUCCUCGCCGCUGGAGGUCAGUCCAACAGAUCUUCAGGAGGAGGAGGAUGCCACGCUCAGCGACGAUGAAGCGGAGGACGAAGCGAGCGAGGAUGAGUUGGUCUCACGACCACCCUUGCAGCCGAGCUUUGCCACUGGAAAGAUCAAGGUGAUGCAGCGGCAGCAGGCUGAUGGCGAGGAGAUCGUGAAGAGCAGUGGAGAUGAGUCCGAGGUCGCUAGCAAGAUUGACCCUUCCAGGUUGCCACUGGAGCAACGAGAGCGCUACUACAUGGAGGCACGUGCUCGUAUCUUUGGAGAGGGAGCCAAGGUGCCCGAAGCAGAGGUGGCAAAUCUGGAAGAGGCUGCUGCGCCGGAGGAUCCACAGACGGUCCAGCGUCGCGUGGCUUUGGAGAUGAAGCUGGCGCAGGAGCGGAUCAAUGAUCUCAAGGAUCCUGCUUACAGCCGCGCCAUCUAUCCAAGAUUCGGCUACGCCAUGAAGGGGAAGGGCAAAGGGCAGCUCCAAGGAUUUAUUGCGGGCUUCCAAGCAGCUCCGACAGACUACCGUGGUGCCAUGGCAGAUCCCUCGCAGGCGCCCCUGGCGGCUCGAGCAGCCGUCUUAGAGGGGCAGGCUCAGUCUGCCCAGUCUGCUUGGAGGCCGCAGCAACAGCAGUCGCCGCAGCAGCCUCAACAAACCCAACAGAUGCAACCCCAGCAACAACAGCAGCAGCAGCAACAACAGCAACAACAACAACAGCAGCAACAACAACAGCAGCAGCAAAAGCAACAACUGCAGCAACAGGUCUUACAACAGCAAGCCUUGCAGCAACAGGCUAUGCAGCAACAAGCUUUGCAGCAGCAAGCCAUGCAGCAACAAGCUUUGCAGCAGCAAGCAAUGCAACAGCAAGCCAUGCAGCAACAGGCAAUGCAACAGGCCAUGCAGCAGCUCUUGCUGCAGCAACAAUCAAUGCAGCAGCAAGCUUUGCAGGCAUCGGCGUUGCAGGCUCAGGCGAUGUCCGCGAUGCAGCCUGAUGCCAUGCUUCAGGAGCUGCCAGUGGGCCAAGGUCGACCGCAGCUGGGCAGGCCACAGCAAGAGCUGGUGAUGCAGCGGCUGCCGGUGGUGGCCGCCAUUUACCCGCAGGUCAGCAGUGCGUUUCCUUCAGCUGUUCCGAACGAAGAAGUGAGUGACACUUCGGGCAUGCAGAAUCGGAUUGCGCUUUGAACUCAGCAGAUCACGGCAAAACUGGC